AUGGCUGCCUUGCUCAAAAAUCAACUCAUCAAACGAUUAUCUAAAUUUGUCAAGAAUCUUUCAUCAAAUCAAAUCAAUCUAAGUACAUUCAAAGGCGAAGGCGAAUUAUCGUCGAUUAAUCUAGACGAAAAAGCACUCGAAGAUGUUAUUGAAUUACCCAGCUGGCUGAAAAUUCAAAAGGCGACAUGUGGACGAGUCUUUAUCAAAAUUCCUUGGACGAAUUUAAAAACAUUACCAAUUCAAAUACAACUCGAUGAUGUAACGAUCGAAAUUGAAACAUGUGAACAAUUGCGCGAUGUACAAAGCUCAACGAAUGUAAAUGAUCCGUUGGUGGGUAAAUAUGGCUUUAUUAAUCGAGUUAUCGAUGGUAUAUCAUUGACAAUCACAAACCUUACAUUUGAAAUUAAGGCACAAGGGUUUAAAGCAUCCAUUUGUUUACCGAGUUUAGAUAUUUAUAGCACAGCUCCAAAUGGUAAACGAGUUGAGACGUUGACGUUAACACGCCUACGAAACGCGACGAAAGAUCACAUUCUACUUUUUAAAGAAAUAUCGUGGUCGAACGCACGUAUUCAAGCUAGUUCAAAUGAUAACAAUAUCCCAGGGACAGCACUACGUUUUAUUGCGAACUCCUGUCGGAUACGAAUUGCGAUGAAAAAGAGUAUUCAAGACAGUUCUUUAGUCACAUCUCGGAUAAUGAUCAAUUUCGAUGAUUUCUUAUCGGUUAUUAACGACGCUCAGUUCAAUUCAGCACUGAAUGCUUAUAAAGAAAUAACUCAAUUGAUGAAACGAGCAUCUGAGCAGAAGAAACGAAAAGUCGGAGAACAAAUGAACAAAUCUGAACGACAAGCGCAAACAACAACAUAUCCACCUAGACUAUCAUCGAAUAAUCUACACGAAAUGGCCAAUCCUAUGUAUGCCUUAAAUACCGACCAACAGCCUGUAGAUGCAUUUACUCGAUUUGAUAUUAUCGAAACGUCAAUGCAUUUCAAUAUUAAAAGAUUAGAUUUACAUAUAAUCGCCGAUUCGAGCGGUGCCGUUGAUCGUCUGGUAGAAAAUGGUUCCAUUCAAAUAACUAUCGCAAAUCUUUCGUUAGAUCAUUAUCCUUAUCAUGAGUUUGGAUCAUCGAAAAAACAUUGGAUUAAAUACAACGAAAUUCAAGCGUUCAAUCGUCACGAAUGGGCAACGAAACUCUAUGCACAAUGGCAAGAACAACUGAACAUAGCGAAGGCAUCUGUGCCCAACGACGAUAUCUCAAAGAAAUUCGAAAGAGCACUUCGAACGAAUCGUAUUCGUCUAUUCGAAUCGUGCAGUGUUAUCAACAUUGAUGAUUUAGUCGUUUAUCCAGUUUCUUUAACUAAUGAUAAACAUCAAAAACGACGUCGACCCUUAAUAGCAUCCGAUAAGACAUACUAUCAAGUACCAGACACGUUCGGUCUUCUGAACAUUCAACAUACUGAAUAUUACUACCCUUUACCUUAUUCAUUUCCUGUACCGAAUAGUGAUCUUUAUAUUCAAGUGAUGCCUAUCCUCUUCCGUGUUGAUUUUGCAACAUCGAACUGGCUCCAUGCGUUUGUUUCCACUCUGUCGAUAACAUUAGAUAAGUCCGGUGUGUUGAAAACUAAUGAGCUUAGUACAGAUCUCGAACAUGUGGAGAUCAAGUUUGAAGCAAUGUUACCACGGAUUAUUAUCAGUUCGGAAAUUUUUGCAAAUAAUCUUAAAUUGCAACAGAUUGCAAACGAGAAAAAGUCUCAAUCAACUGACUCCAAUCCACAAGAUUAUGAAACUCUUGAGUUAAGCAUAUCCAAAGUAUCAGUAACCAACACUCGAAUCGAACCUUCAAGCGAUCGCGCGAAACUAGAAGAACAUUUAGCGUUGUUCAAAAAAGCCAAUUUCUUCCAUCAGAACCAAUGGCCAUUUUCCACCAGUUCAACAGCACGAAUCAGUCCAUUGUUUGAAAAACAUCCAAACGACACCUACCUCUAUGACAACCCACUAUGCGUCAAGACUGGUACCUUGCCUCAGUCUCAAUCUGCCGUGAAGGCACUUCAGACAUUCUAUACAAUGACUACAGAUUCGUUGAAAAAGUCUGCGAAAUGCGAUAUUUGGCAUUUCGCUGUUGAAAGUGUUUAUAUAGAUUUCACGCCAUUACCAUCAUUGGAUGCGAUUCGUUUGACUAAACAAAAUUUAAUCAGCUCGUUAUCAUUUAAUGGUUGGGCUGUACUCGACAUGAAUGGAAAAGAUUCACUGGCGAACGUUCUUGGCGUUUUGGAAAGUCCAUCGAUCUUGAAAAUAUCUCGAAAACAGUAUACAUUUAUCAUGCGUCUCGUCGAUGAAUUAGGUCUCUUCUUCGAAGCGAUCGAUCGAAACACAAUUCACACAAAUUCGCUCAAGGAGAAACCAUCAUCUGAAACAGUUCCAGAUGAAAUGAAAAUAGCAAUAUGUCUAACUGCUUCAACAACAUUUGUAGUAGCAGUGAUCGAUGAUCUGGAAAAUGCAACACUGGAUCUUCCAACGCCUACUUCAUCGAGUAUACCGGAAUUCGAUAUCGACUCAGUGACACCUGACGCGCCCGAUACAACUAUCGUCGAUGAAAUACUCACGCCUACGCCAACCGCACCGACUAUUUCUAUGCCGACGCGAGUAGAAUCGCCUGUUCAAGUAAAGAGUUCUCCAGCACCAACUACAAAAAGAUCGAAAUUUGAAGAGAAUCUUCAUCGUGGAUUGGAAAUUCUUUCCAAAGGCACACGCGGAUCGUCAGUAGCAUCAUCGAUGAACAUGAGCGACAAUAGUGACGACACUUUAUCUCAAUUAGACAUCACAGAAGACUUGGAUGCUGAGCUCGAUGCAAGUCUGUUGACCACUGAUUUAGAACAACAAAAAGCAGCUCGAAUUGAACUCGAUGAUGAUUGCAUCAGUUUAGCCGAGAAAAAAAAUGUCAGGAAAACAGCAACGGAAUCGGUCAGUGGUGUCUUUCUGAAGAUAAAUCAGAUUAAUAUUUGCAUGACCGAAGAUGGCACGAAAGCAGAUAAGCCAAUGUAUAUUGCAUGUGAUGCUAAAUAUCUUCGUAUUGAUGAAUUUUCUUCAUUGAAAUUCGACGCUAUCAAGCCGAAGUUAUUUGAAAAUGAAAAUCCCGAUGAAUACAAUAACGAAAAUGUUCCACCGAUAAACAUUCGCAUUGACCUUCCAAAAGGCGAUUCAUUACCACCACCACCACCAACGGUCACUGUACAAGUUCAAGACCGUUCAUUAGUCAUAGCUAAUCACGCACUUGAUGUUCUCGCGCAAAAUCUCGAAGAAAUUUUAACACCAGAAGAAAAGCUAAUUCGACAAAAUCAACCAUUGAAAAUCGUUCCACUUGAUAUCAUUCUAAAGAAUGUUCAAUUUACACUUGAAUUUUUACAAGAAUAUUCCACUACGCAGACAACGAGUGAUCCCAAACCUCCGAUAAAAGUCGAUAUUGAAUAUCUACAUGCUCUUCGACAGAUCGAUGGACAGUUGAUUAUUCAAAAAACGAACCCGCACGAAGAGAAAAAAUCAGAUGUGAACUCUGCGGAUAAUUUCCACGAAAAACUACGUCAGUUAGAAUAUUUUCGUCUCGAAAACGAACGUCUCCAAUCAGAACUAGAUGCUCAGAAAGUUGAAAUUGUUAUUCUACGUCGUGAACGUGACAGUCUAGUGAACACCGUUUCGAAACUCGAUACGGAAUUGACUGAGGCGGAGUAUCAACGAUAUUUCCAAGCCCAACUUCGUAACAAAUGA